AACAGUAUUUUACCAAAAAUAAAAUUACUUGAGCAAGAAACCGAUACCACAAUUGUUUAUAAUUUCGAUGAAAGAUAUUUUGAUAUCAAUGCAAGCGUUCGAGCAAAAUGCAUGAAAGCUGAACAGAUUAUCUGUCAACAUUUGUUACCUCGCUUGCUUUAUGGCUGGAACAUUUGAUAAUGAUUUAUCAUUCACACCAACGACGCCUAUGCCUAUUACACCUGAACCACAACAAAAAAACUUAAUUGGCAAACCACUCACCUUGGACAGUGAUCAUGACGAUGAUGAAGAAAACAUACACAAAAUACAUGAAGAAGAAGAGGAAGAGGAAGAGGAAGAAGCCUUCAAAUUGAACGAGAAGAAUGAAAUUGACGAUGGUAGUACUGUGUUUGGUACAUUUAUUGUUUCCAGUGCUAUUCGCAAUGUCUCUGAUUUUCUGAUUGGCCCUCCACAACAUAAUAUGCAGAAUGCAGACUAUAUCAAACUUAUAUCCAACAUAACCCAUACAGAAUGCAUAUUGGACGAAAGAACCAUCCGCAUCAUAGGCAAGCUGAGAUCUGUCAAAGAUGCACACUGUAAAUUCACUGUAUUACAGAAAGCUUAUCUUGGUCGCAACAAGACCUCUGUAGUCACUUGCCUUCAUUACCCUGAAGAAUCUGGCCAUUAUGGUCUUUAUUUCUGUGAUCUUAAACUAUACCGCCAUAGAAGAUUUGUACAUAUCCAACCCAAUCAUAGCGAGAUGUCUUGUAAUUAUGUUGUUUUGCCUAUAUUUCCCAAUCCCAUCACCAAUGAAUACGACCGCCCUGUUGAUCUCGUUUUGCCAAAUACCCAACCAUACCCACCCACAAUUCAACCACCACCUGUAUCAAAUCAAGCUAUGCGGCGUGUCCCAAGAGAAGAGAUACAACCCAUACGUCGUGAAAGAAUGUCUGUUUCUGAUAUUCGUUUGCCUACAGCACCUCCUACACCUACUUCUACCGUAAGCGAGGACCGAUUUCAACCUCCCAGUUGGGGUGGUCCUCGUUCUUUUACCUCCAGUUUUAACACUGGUAAUCUUGAUUAUCUAAGUAGUGAACGGCUUGCGCGUGCAUUUACGCCCUCUUCUUCUGUCUGUUCAGAACCUCUUUCGAUGAUUCAAGAUUUUCCGACUUUGAGACCUAGUUCACCUACGAUAUCAGAACCAUCCUCUUGUUCCAGUCCAAAAACGUAUCGCCCUAGCCUGUCAAUCAACAAGCAAAAGGCAAAAAGAGUCAUGCGUAUUGUUUCGCAAAAAUCAAGCCAGCCUAGCCAAGGACCUUCCAUGUCCAUGUUGGAGAGAGUAAGAGCUUAUAAUUAUAAUUUGAUCAAGAAUACAUUGGAAAAAGGACUCGAUGCAGUACGAGGUUUCAAAGGUGAAACCACAAUGAAAGCUAAACUAGGUAAAGUUUUAUGGACAAAUGUUUCGCCUGUAGUGACCGGAAAGAUUUGGACAAUGCAAGACAUCAAUGACAUUGUUGUCAAAGAAUUGGGUACCAUGCCACGAUUCACAAACAUUACAACGAUGGAUCAAGAUAUUAUCAACAGUAUUUCUUCUAAAGAUUUGUUUCCUUCUGGCCAUUAUAGCAAGACAGCCUUUUUUGAGUUUCAUUGCUCAGCACGUAACCAACCUAUGCUUCCUUAUAAGCCUAUUGUUUUACAUAUGAAUCAAGGUGUGAUUGAUGUUCAUAAGGUUGUCAUUUCAGAAAAAAAAGUAGCAGAAGUGAACUGGGUUUCCUUGGAUAGAAAAUAUGAUUUCCAAUUGAAUCUCACGACAAAAGAACUUGUACGCCCUGAUGUGAAGCCAUAUACAUCAUUUAUUAAAUGGGUCUCUAUCUGUCCAAUCACUCAACUCAUGUCGUUUGAAAACGUACCCAACUUUUUGGAAGUCAAUCAUAUUAUCUUCAAGUCUACCACACGUUAUCGUACUGUCUUUCCUUUUAUUGUGGAAGUCUCUCGUAUUGAAAAAGUGCCUAUGAAGCCCGUCAAGGGAAGUCAAAAGAUCAAUGCACAGCCUGGUCAUGGCGAGGCCUGGUAUGACUUUGAAAUCAUCAACACAUUGCAUGAUGCUCCCUUCAGAGCCAAUUUGAAUCUGGAUAUUGGAUGCGAAGCUCCUUGGACUAUUGAAGAUAUCUUGCAGACUAAAACAAAUGAAAGUGCAAUUACUGCUUAUGCUCGCUAUAUCUUACAAUUGAUUGAAAAGAUUGAAAAAAUCAUUCGAAAAGAAAGACUCAAUCUUGAUUAAGAAAUAAUAAUAAUAAAAAUAGUUACAAGU